AUGCGUAGUUGCCAUUGCUACUACAAUCGGCUUCAUACUCUUGCUCCAAACGCCACGCAUUCUUGUGCUUACUCUUGGGUGAAGUGGAUCGGUGUCUCGUUUGAUCUCGCUGCUGUGGGUACUCCUGAUCUUGAGGUGCGUCUCGCUGUGCUGCAAUCGUAUUUUCAUUGCGAACAAGCAUCCACUCGGAAAAGAGGGAGUUCUGAGCUUGGAGCGACGCCAGGUCUUCUUGAAGCUCGCAUACUUGCUGCUCCACUUGAGAUUUCUCAUCUUUUACGCUUUUCAGUCGCACCGUCCAGUCCUUUUCGCGGGUGA